AUGACCGCCAACCUCUACAUCGCCGACGCGUACAUGGGGCUCAUGAAGGUCGGGCCCGACGGCGGCGAGGCCCAGGUGCUGGCUACCCAAGCGGACGACGGCGCGCCGUUCCACUUCGUCAACGGACUCGACGUCGACCAGGGCACGGGCGACGUGUACUUCACGGACAGCAGCGCCACGUACCCGCGCAGGUUCAACGCCGAGAUCAUGAUGAACGCCGACGCCACGGGGCGGCUGCUCAAGUACGACGCGCGGACAAAGCAGGUCGCCGUGCUCAAGGCCGACCUGCCGUACCCCAACGGCGUGGCGGUCAGCAGCGACAGGACGCAUGUGGUGGUGGCGCACACCGUACCGUGCCAGGCGUUCAGGUAUUGCCUCAAGGGGCCCCAUGGCCGGCCAGGGCGGCUACUGGGUAGCGCUCAACCAGGAGAAGACGCGCGGCUCGACGCGACGGCCCCUCCAGUGAAGCAUCUCGUUGGUGUCCGGCUUGGUGUAGACGGCGAGGCGGCGGUGGAGGAGCUGACAGCGGCUAAGGGCGUGACUCUGAGCGACGUUGCUGAGAAAGACGGCCAGCUGUGGCUAGGAUCCGUAGAAUUGGACUACGUGGGCCUAGUUUAG